AUGGAGCUGUUUAAGAUUGGCGGGCCGUGUCCGGAUACUAAUUACCUGUUUAUGGGAGAUUAUGUCGAUAGAGGAUACUACUCGGUGGAGUCGGUGUCGUAUUUGGUUGCUAUGAAAGUACGAUAUCCCAGCCGGUUGACUAUUUUGAGAGGUAAUCACGAGUCGCGUCAGAUCACCCAGGUGUAUGGAUUCUAUGACGAGUGUUUGAGAAAGUACGGCAAUGCUAAUGUGUGGAAAAUGUUUACUGAUUUGUUCGACUUUUUCCCCAUUACUGCUUUAGUAGAGAACAAGAUCUUCUGUCUUCAUGGCGGUCUGUCACCUAAUAUCGAGACUAUUGAUAAUAUCCGGGAUCUGAACCGGUUCCAGGAAGUUCCUCAUGACGGGCCCAUGUGUGAUUUGCUGUGGUCGGAUCCUGACGACCGAGGGUCUUGGGGAGUAUCGCCACGAGGUGCAGGAUUCACGUUUGGCCAGGACAUUUCCGAGCAGUUUAACCAUACCAACGACCUGAGUCUAAUUUCACGAGCCCAUCAACUUGUCAUGGAAGGAUACAGCUGGUCGCACGAACAACAGGUGGUGACCAUUUUCUCGGCACCCAACUACUGCUACCGAUGCGGUAACCAGGCCGCCAUCAUGGAAGUCGACGAGAAACUCAACAACACUUUCCUCCAGUACGACCCCUGUCCUCGGCCCGGCGAGCCCUCUGUAUCUAGAAAAACCCCCGACUAUUUCUUGUAA